AUGGCCGCCCUGGCCCGGCUUCAGGCGAGGCUAUCGGGGCUGCGGGAGGAGUAUUUCCGUAGGAACAGAUCUGUAGAUGAAGACAGAAAAAUAGAGUACAAAGCUGCUGUCAAAAUCCAGAGCUGGUUUCGAGGAUGCAGAGUCCGAGCCUAUCUGAGAUAUCUGAACAAAAUGGUGAUUUUUAUACAGAAGUGGUGGAGAGGUUAUCGAAGUAGAAGAUACUUCAGAAAAAUGGUGGAGACAGCAUAUUUUAUUAUGAAGAUGAAUUUCUACAAUGAAAUGGCUGUCAGGAUUCAGAAAAGAUGGCGAGGCUGUUAUGUUCGGAAAUAUAUCCAUAAUUAUUAUGCACUGAAGAAAUACCUGGAAGCCAUUUCUGUGAAUAACGAAAUUGUCAGGAGUGAACUCCAAGAGUACACAGAAAUGAAGGAAAAUGAAAAGAAAAGGAAAGACCAAGAAAAGAAAGAAAAGGAAAAGAAAUACCAAGCCCGAAAGAUGCAUUACCUCCUUAGCACUGAGCAGAUUGCAGGCAUAUACAAUUCGCCAUUCAGAAAAUCCCCGGAUCCAAUGGAACUGCUGCUACGGAAAUCAAAGCCAUUGAGCCACAGACGGCAGCAAAUGAAGAGUCCCUUCGCCUGUGAGCUCUAUGACUGGCCAACUUGUAGAAGGCCUCCAACUUUCUCCACAGGACAGGCUCUGCCACCUAUUGGCAGACAGAAACCUCAGGGGCCUUUCCGCGAUACUGCUGAAGUAUUGCAGCAGCGCUACAAGCCUUUGGAACCAACCUUGCAAGUGGCAGCAUCAAUCAAUUCACCACUAGAGAAGGCCAGAGAGGAAAUGAAAAGGGAGGAAUGGAGAAACCGUAUACAUGACAAUGAAUUUCUGCCAUUUUCUUCAUAUCAUAAAAAUGAGAAGUAUGACCCAUCAAUUCAUAGGUCAGGCAAAUAUGGCCAAGAAACUUAUGGAAUUAAACACUUCCGAGAAGUACAGCCUAAGAAGUGGGUAGCAGACAAGGACUUUCAAACAGUGUUACCAUCGAUUGUUCUCUUCGAAAAGUUUGGAAAAACUUAUUCCAGAACUGGGCAAAUAGUGUAAUUGUCCUGUAAACUGCACUAU